GCAGUGGAGACGUGGAGCUCAGUCCAUCUGCAGGCGAAGCCCACACAAACCUGCGGAUCUCAAGACAGUUAUCUGUUCAAUUCACUCCGACGCUCGCGUUUGUGCGUGGAUGAGUCUGUGUGUGUGACCGCGAGAGAAGGAUGAAGCUUAAAGAAAUUAACCGAACGGCGAUCCAGGCCUGGAGUCCAGCGCCGCAGCACCCCAUCUAUCUGGCCGCAGGUACGUCGGCCCAGCAGCUCGAUGCCUCCUUCAGCACCAGUGCCUCUCUGGAGAUCUUUGAACUGGAUCUGGCUGAUCCCUCUUUAGCCAUGAAGUCAUGCGGCUCCUUCUCCUCUCCACACAGAUACCACAAACUAGUGUGGGGUCCACAUGGCAUUGAAGACCAGAGUUUGCCCUCAGGUGUCCUCAUCGCUGGAGGAGAGAACGGCAACAUCAUCCUGUACGACGCCUCCAGGAUCAUCGCUGGAGACAGUGAAGUCAUCAUUUCCCAGAGCGAGAAACACACGGGAGCAGUCAGAGCUCUCGACGUCAACUCGUCUCAGACAAACCUUGUGGCCUCUGGGGGAAAUGAGUCUGAAAUCUACAUUUGGGAUCUGAACAACUUCAGCUCCCCGAUGACGCCAGGACCCAAAACACAGCCCCUGGAGGACAUCAGCUGUGUUGCGUGGAACAAGCAGGUGCAGCACAUCCUGGCCUCGGCCAGUCCCAGCGGGAAAGCUUCAGUCUGGGAUCUGAGGAAGAACGACCUGAUCAUCAAAGUCAGCGACCACAGCAACCGGAUGCAUUGCUCUGGUCUGGCCUGGAACCCGGAGGUGGCCACUCAGCUGGUUCUGGCGUCUGAAGACGACCGCAUGCCCGUCAUCCAGAUGUGGGACCUGCGCUUUGCCACCUCUCCUCUCAAAGUGCUGGAGAGCCACACGAGAGGUGUCCUGGCCAUCGCCUGGAGUGAAGCAGAUCCAGAGCUGCUCCUGAGCUGUGGCAAAGAUAACCGGAUCCUGUGCUGGAACCCCAACACGGCUGAGGUCCUGUAUGAGCUGCCUACCAGUACUCAGUGGUGUUUUGACAUCCAGUGGUGUCCCAGAAACCCAGCUGUGCUGUCUGCUGCUGCCUUUGAUGGCCACAUCAGCAUCUACUCCAUCAUGGGAGGAAGCAAUGACAACGCCAGUUCUUUACAGGCUGAACAGUUAAGUAGUUCAUUUGGAAAUAUGGAUCCUUUUGGUACGGGGAAGACUCUGCCGCCUUUACAGCUGCCUCAGACCGCCCCGUCCCAGAGCACCGUCACGCCUCUCAAGAAACCCCCCAAAUGGAUCCGCAGGCCAGUUGGAGCGUCUUUCGCUUUUGGUGGAAAACUGGUCACUCUGGACAACAUCAAGCCGGCGGCCCAACAGCCCCAGCAGACUGCCGCCCAUGUGGUUCAUAUCAGUCAGGUUGUGACCGAGACCGAUUUCCUUGAUCGAUCGAACCGGCUUCAGGCGACGCUCACUGCAGGACAUUUCCUUGAGUACUGCCAAACCAAGAUUGAAGCUGCUCGGAGUGAAUUUGAGAAGACCGUCUGGUCGUUUCUGAAGGUGAACUUUGAAGAAGAUGCACGAGGGAAAUAUCUGGAGCUUUUGGGAUACAAGAAGGAAGAGCUCGCUUUAAAGAUUGCAUCAGCAUUAGAACAGAACGGCAAAUCUGCUGAGGACGAUGUGGUUGUGAAGAAAAGCAGUGUAGAGGAAGAAGAAGAAGAAGAAGAGCCGCCUGCCGCUGGGACAUCAGGACUAGACCAGAUUCCUUUUGAAGAAGAAGAAGAAGAAGCUGCUGAGGAGACGUCCAUCACAGACAUUACUCCAGCUCCUUCAGACACCGUUCACCCCGAAGCCAGCCAGGACGCUGAUGGGCUGAUCACCCAGGCGCUGCUGACCGGAGAUUACGAAGCUGCGGUGGACCUCUGUCUGCAUCAGAACCGGAUGGCUGACGGCAUCAUCCUGGCCAUCGCUGGAGGUCCUGAGCUCCUGGCAAAGACUCAGAAGAAAUACUUCAGCAAAACCCAUAGCAAAAUCUCGAAGCUCAUUAGCGCUGUGGUGAUGAAGGACUGGUUGGAUGUUUUGGAGACGUGUGAUCUGCAGAGCUGGAAGGAGGCUCUGGCUGCAGUAAUGACUUACGCCGAGCCGGACGAGUUCUCCUCGCUCUGUGGUGUGCUGGGCUCCAGGCUGGAGGCUGCUGAGGACACAGCGCUGCAGGCUCAGGCCUGUCUCUGCUACAUCUGCGCAGGCAGCGUAGAGCCGCUGGUGGCCCACUGGGUCAGAGCUCAGGACUCCUGCGGCCCGCUGGCACUGCAGGAGCUGGUUGAGAAGGUGGUGGUCCUGCAGAGAGCUGUGCUGAGAGCUCAGGGGGGUGUUUCUCCUGAUAUGGGUGCGUUGCUGGCAGAGAAGAUGAAUCAGUACGCCAGUCUGCUGGCAUCACAGGGCAGCUUACAAACCGCCAUGUCCUACCUGCCCACCAACACUCAACAGGUGGCUGUGCAUCAUCUGCGUGAUCGUCUGAGCAGAGCUCUGGGUCAUCCUCAGCCGUCUGAAGUGAUGCUGACGUACACAGCACCUGCACCUCCACAGGUCCCUGUGCAGCCCGCCGCACACACACCGUAUCAUCCUCAGGGGGAGUCCUGUGCCCCAGGCUUCGCUCUUCAGUCUCCUGUGAGUGCGUCUGCUCCCUUCAUGAUCUCCCAGCAGUACCAGAACUAUCCUCAGCAGUUCACGCCAGCCGCCGGGACUCUUCAGUACUCUCCCUCCUCCUCCUCCUCUGUCUAUCCUGCACCGUUCAUGCCCCCUGCCUCCUCUCAGCCGUUCUCUCCUCCUCCUCUCUCUUCUGGCGUGUCUUUCCAGCACGGUGGGCCGGGGUCGCCCACAGCUUAUCCUCCUCCGGUCUCCAGAGCUCCAGGUACUCAGACCGCCCCCGCUCUGAUCCCAGACUCCCAGAGAACAGGAGGAUUAAAUCCAGACUCGGCCUGGUCUUUGGAAGGACCUCAGAACGGCUGGAACGAUCCUCCCGCAGUCAACAGGGCUCCCAAAAAGAAGAAGAUGCCAGAAACCUUCACUCCACCAGCCCCCAUCACAGCACCCAUCAUGACCCCUCUAGGAGACCCCCAGGCCCCUCAACAGGGUCCCGAUCAGCUGGGCCCAGCCACCUUCAGCCCCAUCCAGCAGCAGCCACUGGGACCCCCGGGCAGAAACCCCAGCAUGCCUCAGGGCAACAUGGAGGGUGCGCCUGGAGCGCCAAUUGGAGAUGUCAUAAAGUCCAUCCCGACUGAGAAGAUCACCAAGAAGCCAAUCCCUGAAGAGCACUUGGUUCUGAAGACCACUUUUGAGGGACUGAUCCAGAAAUGCUUGGCUGCUGCUUCAGACCCGCAAACCAAGAGGAAGCUGGAUGAUGCUCAUAAGAGGCUGGAGUAUCUCUAUGACAAGCUGAGAGAGCAAACACUGUCUCCAGCUAUCCUCAGUGGUCUGCACAGUAUGGUCCGCAGCAUCGAGUGCCGCUGCUACAGCGACGGACUCAACAUCCACACACACAUCGUGAGCAGCAGCAACUUCAGCGAGACGUCUGCCUUCAUGCCCAUCCUGAAGGUGGUGCUGACACAGGCCAACAAACUGGCUGUGUGAUGUCCACCGUCUGGAGCACACAAACCAACAAGUAUUCUCAACCCCUCAAGCCAUCUUUCCAGGACCAGUUGUGCAUAUACUUAACCGAUCUGGUUUACAGCGUUCUUUUAUCAGUUUGUUCUUUGUAUUUUGUCACAUGUGUUUUCAUGUUGCUGCUAUUAUUACAUGUUUGUAAUCAUGGCAGAGCAGAGUGCAAUAGGGCUUUCCCCUUUUAUGGCUCCAGUUUUAAGGGUAAAUUAGCUUCAUAAAAUGAAAUGCCAGUUUUAUGCUUUAGUGACGAAUAGCAGCAGUAUGCUAAUCGUUUCCAGUGCAUCAUUCUUGAUUUAUGCUAUUCACUUGGCAUUAUUAGUUAGAUUUUUAAGACGUUUACGAUUAUCGCAGCCUCUCUGCAUUUCAAUGUAUUUUCUGGGAAUCUUCUUUGAUUCACGUUAUGACAUCAUUUCUGCAGAUGAAGUCCGGAUGUGGCAUCAUCGUAACAUAAUAAAUGAAUUUGCAAUGAAUUUUUAUUUAAAAACGUAUUUGAUUUAGUAUUUGGCAUUCAUACAAUUAGAAAUUUACGAUUAAAUCUUGAUUUGUGUUUGUUUCAUAAUAAUGCUGCCUGUCUUUAUAGUACAUCACUACAUGAUUUAAACAUCUGUUCAGAUCUUACUUCUGAAACAAAAGAGGCAAAAGAAACAGGAUCUGAUGUGCGUGGAAAAAAAAGGUCUGCCUUUAUUUUUAUUUUUUUCUUUAAUCACAGUCUCUGUUAAUAAGUCCGUUUUGAGCAAUUUUGCAUAAGGCUGCACAAAAGUCUGGAGGCUUGCUCUAAAACGUUGGGUUUUUUUAUGCACUCUGUGUACUGUCUCAGUAAUUGAGAUUGUACUGUAAAUCUGAUGACUGUUUUGCAGUUUUAAUAAAAACAAAUUGAGACCA